AUGGUUUGGACGUGGCGUCUCAUGAGGUCGAACAUCAUAUUUCCAGAAGCUCUCGAGGACUGGAAUUUGAAGAAUCUCGAAGAUUCACAUGGUGAUUUUAUCUACAUUCAUAGUUGCUGGAUGUUCGUGCUCCCGUUCUUCGUUUCGCGAGGUUAUGCGAUGUAUCAACAAGAUCCCAUCGGCCUUGGAAAUCUAAACCCUCCACCAUUUCCACCCGCAGCAAAAGCUACUUCGUACCCUUAUUCUCGUCAACUCCCAAGCAAGACUCCCAUCCCGAGGGCUACGUGGGCACCACGUAUAUGGGCAGCUCGCGAUGCACUUGGAAGAGAUGUUAUAAUCAAGGUGAUAUCUGAGGUCGACAACCCGUCAAAUGAGCUGAAGGUCAUGCAACUGCUUAACAGCAAAAGGUUGCGAUCCGACCCCGCCAACCAUACCAUCUACGCCAUCGAAUACAUUACUUUCGACAAAUUUGUAUUUGUGGUGAUGCCCAGAUGGGAUAGUGCUAUUGAGCCGGAAUUUUCCAAUGUUUCUGAACUUAUGCAUCUCACCAAGAUAAUCCUCGAGGCUUUUGGUUUUUUACACCGCAACAGGAUCGUGCAUCUAGACUGUCUUGCACAAAAUAUGGGGAUGAAUGCUGUUAUGACCACUGCAGAAAUUUAUCGCAGGACAGGAGUGCGGGAUCCAAAAGAAGUCCGCUAUGCCCUCUUUGACUUUGAUGCUGCUGUCAUUUUCCCUGAGGACACCGUCAUUGAAGAGGCGCGUAUGGACCACGUUCUUAGCUUUGACCGGCAUUGGGUACCAGCGGAAUCAAUCACUUACCCAUACAACCCAUUUCGAGUGGACGUUGCUUUUAUGGGCACAUGUCUUCAAACAUUUGUCAGCCACCUCGAAAGUAAAAUUCCAGAGCCUGGGCCAUUCUUCGACUCCUUGAUUGACAUCAAUGACCCCAAUCAGCCUUCAGCCAGCCAGGCACUGUCUCGGUUUACAGACAUAUCCAAUAAUCUUACCCCCGAGGUGGCUAGUGCAUCCUUCGAUGGUUUCAUUUGGCGCCAAGGUGAAGCUCCUCUUACUACGAGUGACGAGGGCAUGGAGCCGUCCUACAAAGUUAGGUACCGAGGCUUCGAAGCUUGGCUUAAGCACUGUUACAAAGGGGAUUGUCAAAUGCUGUCGACAGAACCCGUUAUAGACGAGGACCUACAGACAGUAACCGCCAGUGUUAACCUGGAGCCAAAAACACCGUUUGUUCUUCUUUGGAGAAGGGCAGAUGGACAACGGCCCGUAUCCGCUCUCUGCCAGGUGUUUAUCAGGAAUGGAUACUACAGGAUGGAGACCGAAGACUUUUGCGUAGCCGUCGUUACAAUGGAUAAGACCCGCCAGAAAAGCCAAAACAUGAGGACAACAUAUGGGUACCAUAAUUUACCAUACAAAAUCAAAGGAUGUUUGAAGGCGGGGAGGUUGUGCGAUUAUUCAGCUGGAACAUGUCCAUAUUCAGCCGCAGAACAAGCGAAGUCACCUUGCAGCCUUCGGUUGGAGAUUAGGCGUAUACGCGGAAAGGUCGCAGAACCCGAAUGGGUGGUAGGCCCUGACAGGCAACAGUACAAGAAGAACAAUGCUGACCUCAUGAACAUCAUCGACGACGAGAAGCAGAAUAUGCUGCCGUUCGCAACAUUUGUAUUCGAGAUACCGGUGCCAGAGGAGGACGGAGGAAACAUACCACCCACUAUUUGGGCUGAGGAGGAUACCAUAUAUUCAAGGCCUCCUCCGACAGGCAUCACAGCAAAUGCACAUGUGUUGAUUACAAGGAGCUUGAGGGAGGAUAGCAGUGGGGGACGAUAUCCGACUCCAAGGUCACCCAACAUUAUUGAAAUUAACAACAACGAUGUCGAACCGAUGCCGUUGGAUGGUUCUAAAUCUGGUACUGCGCACCCACAAGACAGAAAACCUAAAAAGGAGCUCAAAGAAGAAAAGCAAAACAGGACACAGUUUGUUGACACCAUGGUCGUACGGAUUGAUUCGAACCGAAUGGACGUUUUGACGGAUUACCUUGCGACCGACAGAUUGGAGAAGGAACUGGCUGGGAAGCUGCAAGAAAAGAUUAAAGUGAAAAAGAAGAAGAUUAAACACAUGAAACGCCUGCUGGCUGCAGAUUAA